AUGUUUAAGAUGUUGACUAUUCUUCUGCUGGCAAUAACCACAGCGGUAGCUAUUGAAUUGCAACCAAACAUUCUACCUGCAGAACUACUAGAGCAGAUAAGUUGGUUUCAUUCCGCUUGUCUGCGCGAAUCCGGCACCAGCGACGAUCAAGUUGCACAGUUCAAUCGACCAGAACCGGUGGAGGCAUCACGCGAACUACAAUGCUACAUGUACUGUAUGUUCCGCAUGCACAACGUCACUCGACCCGAUGGAGAUAUCGAUUUGAUAGACGUUUACCACGCCAUACCAAAGCGGUUCAACUCGAUCGCUCUUAAAGUGCUCGUAAAGUGUCACAAAUUGGCCGUAUCAAGUGAAGAUCCUUGCGAACGGGCCUACGGGCACCACAAAUGCUGGAAAGAGACCGAACCGCAGCAUUACUACCUCUUUUGA